UCAUAACGUCAAUAUUUGUGUCGAUUGGACAGGGAAGUGUUUAGGUGUUUUAUGUAAAUAUAAUUGAAUAAUAACAAUGGCAAGCAAUGAACAGAAAGCUCAACAACUAAUUGCGGAAGCUGAGAAAAAAUUGAAUACCACGAAAGGAUUUUUCGGCUCCUUCUUUGGAGGCAACAGUAGAGUCGAAGAUGCAAUAGAAUGUUAUCAAAGGGCUGGUAACCUAUUCAAGAUGGCUAAAAAUUGGCCACAAGCUGGUAGUGCUUUCUGCGAGACUGCAAAUUUACACUUGAGAGCAGGAGCUCGUCACGAUGCAGCCACCAAUUAUGUAGACGCUGCCAACUGCUACAAGAAGUCUGAUAUCAACGAGGCUGUUAGCUGUCUAAUGAAAGCAAUAGAAAUUUACACAGACAUGGGUAGAUUUACUAUGGCAGCAAAACAUCAUCAAACAAUUGCAGAAAUGUAUGACACUGAUGCCGUGGACUUGGAAAGAGCCGUGCAGCAUUAUGAACAAGCAGCGGACUAUUUCCGUGGAGAAGAAAGUAAUUCUUCAGCUAACAAGUGUCUUUUAAAAGUAGCUCAAUAUGCUGCCCAACUUGAGAACUAUGAGAAAGCAAUACAGAUUUACGAGGAGGUUGCAACUUCUGCCCUGGAAAGUUCUCUCUUGAAAUAUAGCGCCAAAGAAUAUCUCUUCCGUGCAGCCUUAUGUCAUCUUUGUGUGGACUUAUUGAAUGCUCAACAUGCUCUUGAGAGAUACAUUCAGAUGUAUCCAGCAUUCCAAGAUUCAAGGGAAUAUAAAUUAAUAAAAGUUCUGAUUGAGCAUAUGGAGGAACAGAAUCUAGAUGGAUUCACCGAUGCUGUGAAAGAUUACGAUUCUGUUUCCCGUUUAGAUCAGUGGUAUACUACAAUACUGUUGCGUAUCAAAAAGCAGCUGAAUGAGAGUCCAGAUUUGCGUUAAGAAAUUUCAGCUUAAAAUGUUGACUCAUUUGAUUGUUAUGUUUAUUUGAAUUUUAUUGUUGCCUCUUGAAAGUUCCUUUUCUUAGCUGAUUUAGACUUUUUUAGCAGAAUCAAAGUUAAGAUUUACUUUUGAUUGGCAUAUUAUGAUAUUAGCUUGUUUGUAAUAGAAGGUAUACAACUAAUAACUUUUAAUAUACAUAUUUAAUAUUUAUAAAUAAUAUUAACAUUCCAAGUAUUUCAUUCGGUACUAAUAGUUAAUGUUUAUUCAACUCCAAAUUUGUACCAAAAUAAUAAUUAUUAUCAUUGAUACUUGAUUGUGUUCAAACUAUCUGAACAUAGUUUUCUGAAAAUCAUUGUCAUGUUUGAAGGCUCAUAAGUAAAUACAGGAAUAAAUACAAACUAGGCUGGUUUGAUUUGAAUUUGAUUCAUUUCAAGAAAUAAAGAUAUUGUUGAAAGAAAAGUAACUUUUAAGUGAGUCAUUGGUUUUGGAAUUAAGGAAAUGUUAUUAGAUGUUUGAAAGUUGAUCACAUAGUGAGAAUAUCAAGUUAUUUAAAUGGAGCUCAUUUACUUCAUGCUAAACAUGAAAAAAUAUGCUUUAUUCAUUACAAGAACACCAAGCUCUAAUGAAUCAUUUGAGUAUACCUCAUUCUACAAAACCUGAAUAUUCAACAUACAUGAAGAAGUUCAUGUGAAUACAACUACAAGGCAAUCAUUUCUUAAGGCCUUUGAUGUUUUUUCUGUAUUCAUCUCUUAGUUAUAAAGUAUUUUCAGUGGGAAGAAAGUCGCAAAUUUUUCCUUGUUUUGACCUCCCAACUGACUUUUAUUUUGAAGUUAUAUAUUUUCUUAGUUGUACAUAUUCCUCUAUUAGCUAGAUAUUGAUUAUUGGGGCUAACAUAAAAUGAACGUGUCCGAUGAAUAAAUUCACUAUUACUGGAAAGUUUCAAGUCUUACCAACAGAAUAAAUUUUGAAUUAUCUUAUGAACAAUAACAGUCCAGUCUGUAUGUAUCAGAAUGACUCGAAAUCGUUGAUUUCAUUUUCGAAUAGUGUAGUCUAAAGGUGAAGGAUUAGAUAAUUAGCCACCUGUCCAUAAUCAUAAGCAUUUGAGGAAAUGGAAAAAUGUCACAAAUGGGUUUUUUUAGUUGGAUCUGAAAUUUGAAAGGAAACAUCAGGAAAAUCUAUUGAUUGAAACUGGCAUGCUUUCGUGUUAUUUUUCCAUUUCGCAUGCAGUCAUGCUUUCAAUGAAAUAAUUUUUGUUAUUCAUUGGAUGAAUCAUAUCUGAACAAUGACAUAAUGAUUUUGGUGCUGUAAGUAAUAAAUGUUAAUCAAUAAAGCUCGAUUUUAGAAU